GAGGACUCCCAGGCCCGGGCGGAGGCCUGGGACAGGACUUGGGGCCUUGGCCGGAUGCCCCGCCGCGCCUGGCACCCGGCGUCGCCAGGAUCUACCACGAGCACACCGUCUCUAAGUCCUACACGCCACUCCUGCUAGGCGAGAUUUUGGCCGCCAGGACCUGGACCUCCGGGGACGAGCUAAAUCGCCUGGCGGUUCCCCAGAAGGAGGCCGGCUCCCUCCACAUCGUCGGGGGAAGCCUCGUGGCCACGGACGACAAGAAGCCGUGGGAGCCCCGCGGCGUCAUGUCCGUGUUGGACGGGCUAGAAGCGGUGCGCCUGGCUUGGAUCCUGACCACGGUCGGCGACGAGGGCGACGUCAACGACUACAUCNNCCUGGUGGGACCGCAAGGUCAGGGCCGGCACGGCCCACGUGGAGAACAUAGUCGCCUACUGGACCUCAACGGCCACCACCUUGGCCAUGGAACUUCGCCAGCGCCGCACCUUCAAGGAGGUCACCGCCGACAUCAUGGCGGACACCUCCUCCUGGUUGGAGGCCAUGGCCACGCCGCCGCCUCGGCCCCCAAGAAGCCCGCCAGGCCACAGCCGUCUCCUAAGGCCGAGCCGGACCAAGGGGCGGACUGGGCCCCCCCUACCCCGAAGUGGCAGCGCACGGGGAAGGGCAAGAAGGGGCAGAAAGGCCAGAAGGGCGGCAAGAAGGGAAACAAGGGCGCCGGAAAGGGCCAAGAACGCCAACGUCGUCAGGAUGAGCAGCGCCGCGACCAGGCCUGGGACGACUCCUGGUGGGCGUCGUCGUCCUGGAGCUCUGGCUACGACUGGGAAUCGCCAGGCCGCGACCAGGGCGGCCGGGGCGAAAAGAAGCGCGCCUACGCCAACCAAUGGCCCAAGCUAAGACCUAACCGCCCGGAGGGGCGGUCCAUCAUCGUCCUCUCCGCCUUCGAUGGCAUCGGCGCGUCCCACUGGCUGGUGGCUAAGGCCUUCGGGCGGCCCCUGCUCGCCGUGUCCUGGGAGGUCGACCGGGCAUGCAAGGCGCUGGUGCAGAAGGCCAUGCCCUGGGUUGAGCACAGGGGCGACCUCACCCGGGACUCGCUUGGGGAC